ACAGGAGGAGAGAGCAAGAGAGCACAGAAAGAGAGAAUCGCGCAGCCUCUCCCCUCCUCUCUCUAUUGAAGGAUACCAACACUCUACUAAAAGGAGCGCAGUUGGAGGUGUAUGCUACAGUGUCAGUAGAAAAUGCUUCGUAUCCAAAGCAAUAAUGCCCUUCAAAGCAGAGGAGUAUACUGACAUCACCGAGUUUCAGGCAUUGGCAGAGAUCAUUGGACCGUAUGGCAUCAGGUUCAUGGGAGAGAAACUAAUGGAACAGGUGAGUGGACAGGUGAAGGAGAUCAAGAGACUGGUGGUGGCCAACCAGGACACCCUCCUUGCCCUCCACACCAACAGGGACAAGACCGAGAUAUUUCACGAAGUCCUCCGCAAGUUGAGAAAUUCUGACGACCUCAUUGCUAGGACGGUGAUAGUUGGAGUGAUCCUGGCCUUCAGGAAGAUGUCUCUGGCCGCGCUGCACAGUGUCCUCACGUACCGGGUUCCCUUCAUGCUCUCCUCCAUCGCUGACUUCAAGAAGAACCUCCCCGACAAGGACUCCAACGUUGCAGAUCACAUGGCAAUGGCUGCAGGUCUCCCAUGUGAGGUCGAUCCUCUACUCCUCCAUGCAAUGAAGAGCCACUGUGACCAGGGUCGCGACGACUACAGCAUAUGGAGCCUGUUCCUCAUCUUUGUGGGUGUGACUCUCCCCGAGCUUGCCUUCAAACCGGACUCCACCUUCCUCCCUUCGUUCGAAGGUCACGAGAACAACAUUCACUGCUUGGCAAUCGCAGUCAAUGCCCUGGCAGGAGCCAUCUUCCUCUCGUACGGCAAGGAUCAUCAGCGAGACCGAAUGAAGGAGUUUCUGGUGUUUACAUCGUCCAGGAUCAUGACGCUGGCCAAGGAGACUGAGAAAGAGAGGGACACGCCUAAAGCUCGCGAAGCCAUCUAUCUCCUCCUAGACUUGUUUGUGGAGGAGAGUCCGUUUCUGUCCAGAGAUCUACUGGAGUCUUGUUUCCCCUAUGCUCUCCUCAGAGAUGCCUACAACUCUGUCUACAGAAAGCCACUGGUCUCUCGGAAGCACAAGGAGACCGACAUUCCCUUCUAGUGGACCAUCACACCUUUCAGACAAUUUAUCCCAACAAACACACUGCGGAGGCACACUAAAUUCAUAGACUAUAGCAUAACUAAUUGAGAAUGACUGUCAAUAAUUUGUGAUUAUAGAAAAAAAUUUUGUAACUGUGUACCAAUAAAGGAAUAUUUGCCUACCAGACA